AUGGCGAGUAUAGAUGAUGAGAAGGAGGGAUGGCUAGACGCCCUGGGCGCUCUUUUAACCUCUGGAGUGCUUUCUACGCUUCAAACCCUGCCUUCAAAUGCAUUGGGGCCCGAAGAACGGGCCAAUCUGCGCCAGCUGAGCAAUUUCUUCCCACCGCCUUCAAAUAAGACCCAUGACCAGAAGCACCUCCCCAAAGCUGUAGAUGACGUCUCCGAGCGCCUCCAGGGUGCAGGUCUCAGCAAGCGAAAGAGGCAUGAGACCUCUGACGAGGGAGAAGAAGACGAGGAAGGAGAGGAAGAAGAGGAUGAAGAGAAUGAAGAGGAAGAAGACGACCAUGCAUAUACCGGAGGCCCUAGAAGACCUCGACACAAAACCCUCAAGCACACGCCCAUGGAAACCCCAUCAACCCCAAGUUGCCAAAGUGGUGGCAAGAGAGGCAGACCCACCGGCCGCAAAACCCCAAGCCCACGCCCAAGCAAUUCAAUUGAACACCAAAUCGCCACAAUGGUGGCGGCCUCAAAAGCCCAAACGCAGACCCCUUGGAUCAAACCAUCCCAAAAACGAACAAAACCUGGGGUUCAAUCCGCAAUCUGA